AUGAGAAAUAUUGUAAUUUUUGGAGGUUCCUCGCAUCCAGAUUUGGCAGAUCAAAUUGCUUCUCGUUUAAAUGUGCAACUUGGACGUGCGAAAUUAUCAAAAUUUUCAAAUAAAGAGACCAAUGUAGAAAUUCGUGAAAGUGUAAGAGAAAAGGACGUCUACAUUAUACAAUCGGGUUGUGGUCACGUAAAUGACAAUCUUAUGGAACUUUUGAUCAUGAUUUCCGCGUGUAAAACUGCCUCUGCUAAAAAGGUGACUGCCGUGAUACCCUGCUUUCCAUACUCGAGACAACCCGAUGCUCCUUAUAAGAAAAAUGGAGCACGAUACAUUCGGAAUUCUUCGAUAUUACCAACUCCUGUAAGUGAAGUAAAAGAAUCACUCGUUGCUGCGACGGAAAGAAAUGAACAACAAAAUUUUGAUGUAGAACAAUCCAAUUUUUCUUGUGGUUCAAGUCGUAAUGCGGGAUAUAAACAUUGGAUUGCUCGUUCAGGGACACUCAUCGCAAAUCUCUUAACUUGUGCAGGAGCUGAUCAUAUAAUGACUAUGGAUCUUCAUGACCCACAAUUCCAAGGUUUUUUCGAUGUUCCCGUCGAUAAUUUAUAUAGUCAACCCUUGAUGAUCAAAUAUAUCAAAAAUAAUAUUUCAAAAUAUGAAAAUGCAGUAAUUGUUUCACCUGAUGCUGGUGGUGCCAAAAGAGCUACAGCAAUUGCUGAUAAACUUCAUAUGGAUUUUGCUUUAAUUCAUAAAGAACGUCGGUCACAGAUUCAACCUCAUAAGACAGAUUUGAUGCUUGUUGGUGAAGUUAAAGAUAAAGUUUGUAUCCUUAUUGAUGAUAUUGCAGAUACAUCUCUUACUAUUACCAAAGCUGCCAAAGUUCUUAAUGCAAAUGGUGCAAAAAAAAUUUAUGCGAUUAUCACUCAUGCAAUUCUGAGUGGUGAUGCAAUCAAGAGAAUACAAGAGAGCGUCAUCGAUCAGGUUAUUGUGAGUGAUAGUAUUCCUCAGGAAGAACAUAUGUCACGAUGUUCUAAAAUAAGAGUAUUUCACGUUGCCUCGAUAUUUGCCGAAGCAGUAAGACGAAUACAUAAUGGUGAAAGUAUUAGUGCAUUAUUUGGAAGAACAGAAUUAUUAUAG